AUUAUCUGUUAAUUAACUUUAUUAAUUGAGAUGUGACGGGUGAUGUGAGUCAUAUACAUUUAUUUGUCACUCCCCAUUUUUUUAGCGUGAUGAAACGGCCCUGAUGAAGUAAUGAUGUGUCUCGAAAUAGAAACUGGGAAUUUUGUUUAUUUUCCGUGACUUUCAAAAUUCUGGCUAAGUUUUGCGUGAGUAAUUGGAAAUUAUGACGACGAAUAGUAGAUCAAAUAACUAAAAAAAGACAAUUAUUUUUUACGUGCGAUAACCCUUUCGACAAGAGUGCGAUAUAAAUUCAGCGUCUAGACCGUCACUCGAAAAAUGGAGGUGAAGGACGAAAUGAUAGUAAACAUGGACGUUGUCCCAACACUAAAUUCCGUAAAAGAACGGAUAGAAAGCAAAUUUUGCGUUCGUUUAAGAUUAGGCCUCAUUGCCAAUGAUCCAGACGGCAGUAGAAAACAGUGGAUUGAAUUUAUUGGAUUUUUGGGAAAUGAGUACGGUGUGAAAGUGGCAAAGGAAUAUACCAAAUCUAUUUGCAACCCUGAAGGUUCAGUAAUGAUGCCAUACCCUGCUGUUCUACAUACAGUUUUAACAUGUCCACCAGUUCACGACAAAUUGGAACGGAAAUUUGAAAUUGCUGCCAUUUUUACGCAUCAUAAUGUGGCCAAUAUCAUGGGCUCGGAACUUGGAGUUGUCAUGGCAUCUUCUGCCCUUGAUGACCUGUUAGCAAAGUGUAGGAAAGGUCAGCAACAAUCUAGUGAGGAAUCACUUAAGUUAACUAGGCAGUUUGCAAACAAGUUAGACAGCUAUAGUAAUGUCCAGGAGGCAAUUCGUGACUUUAGUUCCCUUCCUCUGGGAUGCCAGAAGAUUAUAAUCGAGUGGUUGGAAUUUGACGAUGGCCGAGGUGACUUGAGAAGAAGCCCUUACACAGGACUCCAGUACAAUGUAACAUCACAGAACAACGGACCCAGACCAAGAACACAAGGCCAAGAUUGCCCAGAUUCGGCAGUGAAUGAUGUCUUGGAAAUGGACAGUGUCGAUGGUACUAUGGUGUUUGCCCAGCACAGAGCGCCUCCUAUUGGUGGAAGAGGUGGUGAUGUGCCAGAUGGUGUGGCCGUGUUUGAUGCAGGUCAGACAAACACAUAUAGUAAUGGAAGUUUUACUCAUUCCCAUGAUCCAGAUCAGACACCUGUUAUGAGCAUGUCACGACUGCAAAGAACAAUGGAUUAUACAGCUAGAAACUUGACAAAUUUUCCAAACACACAUUCACAAACAGGGGUUAGUGCGCAAUCGUCUGGGGGAGAGACAGCAGAUUCUGCAGAGAAAGCUCCGAUGAUGUGCUCAGAUCAGAACAUUCCCAUUCCACAGCACUAUUAUGCUUUGCUUACAAAUCUCAGUUACACUGAACAGGAGAUGCGUGAAGUCAUUCACGAGAAGGGGACUCAUCUGCGAGUUGCAGAGCUUAUCAAAGCUCUUUCUGAUUUGAGGAAAGCAAAAGCCGGUGGUCAAACGAGUACAGGAAAUGAUGUACAUGUUACUAGUUCUGAAACUGUGUUUAAUACAGGGUUCACAUCAACUGAGCCUGCAGCAAUGACAACCUCACCCCACACUUACACUGGCUUCACAUCUAGAAUUGAGAGCAACUUUUACAAGGGUGCAAAUACUGAUAUUGCCAUGGCUGCAAGCUCCUAUGCUGGUCAUGGAAAAAUUCUUUCUGGUGCCGCUUCCAAUACAGGCAGUAAUUUUGCCAUGGACAUAAAUGCAACAGGAUCUCGUCCAACAGACAGCAGUGCCAUAACAUCAGUUGCAAUGUUGCCAGAGCCCCGGGUUGUGCGGAGAAAUGUCACAGAUUUUGUCACCCUGGAUUCUGAUGAGGACGUGGCCCCCAUGCCCCAAGAGAGAAAUCGCCGAAUUGAGUCUGGUGAUAUUGAACGUCUGGCUCAUCAUUUGGGUCAGGAACAAUUUGAUGAUGAUAACGAGCCAGAGCCCCCGUUUGUGAGGAGAAAUGUCACCGAUUUUGUCACCCUGGAUUCUGAUGAGGAUGUGGCCUUCAUGCCCCAAGAGAGAAAUCGCCGAAUUGGGUCGGGUGAUAUUGAACGUCAGGCUCAAUAUUUCGGUCAGGAACCAUUUGAUGAUGAUAACGACGAAUUGCAGCCCAAACACAGAAAACAAGACCCACAGAGUCCGAUACAAGCUUUUCAACUACAGCACAGAGAUUUGGAGACAGACAGGGGUAGCGGUCAAAAACACAAGGCAUCGGAAAGUCCUAACAGAAAGAAAAAGGCUAAAAAGAAAAAGAAACUGAAGCCAAAAGAGCAACAAUUCCAUGCUAAAGGGGGCACCACUCGUCAAGAGAACUUACAAAAUUACGGCAACAACUCGGAUAAUGAUGAUAUAAUGCAUAUAGGAGAUGUUGAACCCCCUCCUCAGAAUUUUUAUAACCCUGGUAAAAGCCGUGAUGAAUAUACAGGAAGAAAUGGUGGCGAAAUGAACCGAGGCAGGUCGGCUUCACCUCACCAGAUGGAUGUUUCUGAAGCUAAAGACUCGUCCAGACCCAGAACCAGAUGGGCCAGUGGCAACAGCCAAGAGGUUGUGGAGGCUGCUGGGAAGGACGUGCCACUGAGGUGUAUUGUCAUUGACGGAAGCAAUGUGGCUUUUACGCAUGGCAAGAAGCAAGGACAAUACUUCUUUUCCUGGCUGGGUAUCCAGAUAGCUGUGGACUAUUUCAAGAAUCGCGGCCACACCGAGAUCAUGGUGUUUGCCCCACAGCACUUCAAGAGCACGGCCAGAUCUCAGGACCCUGAGAGAGACGAGGCUCUCUGGAAGCAGCUGGAGGGCAGUGGCAUGCUUACUUUUACCCCCUCCCGGAAGAUUCAGGGAAAGAGGCAGACUUGUUAUGACGAUAGGUUUAUAGUCCAGUAUGCCUUUCAGAAGGAUGGUGUCAUAGUGUCCAAUGAUAACUACCGUGACUUGAUGGAAGAGAGUGAGGAAUGGAGAACAUUCAUAGAACAGAGGUUGUUGAUGUACGCCUUUGCUGGGGACAUGUUCAUGCCCCCCAAUGAUCCCUUUGGCAGAGGAGGGCCAACACUGGACCAGUUACUGAAAAAACUAGACCCCAGGGAGAUGGAGAGAUUGAUGAGAGAAUGUCAAAGAGCACAGAGUCCUCAAAGAGGCGUUGGAGGUUGGGGUCAGAAAGGUCAAAGACCACGCGGGCAUGAUCAAGGUCAGAAUAAAGCAACAAAGCCACCAACAAGGCAACCAAGGUCGGAGGAGAAAAACAGAGAAUUUUUCAAUGAAUUGAGAAAAAUAAUACCUGAUAACGAUGCCAAGAUCCAAGCUGUGCUGAAAAAUCAUCCUUACGAUACGGAUCUGAACAGAUUGGUGGGACACUUGUUGGAUGUUCUGGACUGAAUAAUUGGAUAUCUGAAGAAAAGUCUAAAUAUUCUGUACUGAAGCACAGAUUGCAGCCAUAUGAAAAACAUUAUUUUUCUUUGGCCAUAUUACUUUUUUUCAAUCAAAUAUAAAUGUAAUGAAAAAUGAAGGUAACUUCUCUCUGUGUGAAGGAAGUUGGAUUUCUUUCCAAUUUGACAGAUUUAAUGAAGAGAGAGUUGUUAUAUAUUCAGGUGUGAUAUGCAUGUAUGCCAAAUACGUCAUGUCUGUAUCUUUUGUUUUCAACCUCAGCCAUGGUAAAAGCUAAAUAACACUAUCACUAGAAUGAAAAUUUAGUUUACCCUCUUGCUUUUCCUGUGGUAUAAUUAUUAGUACCACCAGCGUGUAUGCUGGUGGUACUCAUGGUUUCAGUCCUGACCAGUAUCGUACGGCUCCGCUGGCUCCGUGGGCUCUGCCGGCUCCGUGAGCUCCUCCGGCUCCGCAGGUGGCGUGGGAUACAAGUCACCAUUACCGCUUCUCCUCCUAGACCACACGGACCUGUGUCUUCAUCUCUUGGAUUUAGGUCACAUAUAAUCUCAACUUGAACCCCCUGGUUUUUUUGUCUCAGUCAGUGCAUUCGCUUGGGCGUGACAUUCGAAAUGUACCCUUGUCAAAUUUUUUGAAAAUUCAAUGCUACAUAUCUCCUAAAUGGAAGGAAUUAUGGGAAAAAUUAGUAUAGAAGUCUGACUGAAAGUCGUAUAUGAGGAUUUCAAAUAUGCCUUCGGAUUUGACCUUUGACCCUUUUUUCAAGGUCAAACAGGCCAAAAUUUUCGAAAAAUGGGAAUUUUUUGCAAAAAAAACAAACUUUUAUUUGUGCCGAAUUCCAGAAACUACACUCGUUUAGCACUCGUAUUAUAGUGAGGGGAUGCAAUUAGGGACUCCUUUCAUCUUUGGGAGUUUGGGGUCAAUCGGUGCAUUUUCAUGGGAGAAACGGCCAUAAGAUAC